CCCCGUCCCGGUUAUUCCCCCCGCACACAGAUGAUGCUCCUUCCUCUCCCCACCUCUCUGCCUCUCAGCUCUUACUCCUGGCUGCUUUCCGUGUAAGGCACUCCCGCAUAGGGGAAGUUUAGGUUGGACAUUAAGAGGCAUUUCUUCACAGAAAAGGUGGCAUUGGAAUGCACUGCCCAGGGAGGUGGUGGAGUCACUGUCUCUGGAGGUGUUUAAGGAAGACUAGAUGUGGUACUCGGUGCCAUGGUCAAGUUGACAUGGUGAUGUUGGCUCAUAGGUUGGGCGUGAUGAUCUCCAGAGCUCUUUUCCAGUCUUGGCUUUCUGCACCAGCACGAGGUCUUUACAGCAGAAUGCUUGUGCUUCUUUCUCAGCAAUACCCCAUUCUAUAGAAGAGGUGGUUAGGAUGGCAUGGGAUACUUAGAGUGAGCUGCUUGGGAGAGUGUUUGAAUCCCUUUUCUGCAGUAUUGUGCAGUGCCUUGGUGCUGCCCUUUAAAAUCAAGUGCUGUCUGUUUUCACACAGCUGGUGACCAGGGACAGAGUUGGAAGCAAAACUGGGCACACAUCAAGUGAACAUUUGAGGUGUCAUUAAAAGCUUACUGCAGUAACUCCCUGCUGAGCUGGAUUUGUACAAGGUUGAUUUGACAGCAGCAGAGAGAAUGCUGGAUGGGGAGUCCUUUGGAUUUAAGGUCGUGGGAGCACAUUGAAAAACCCUCCUUUCUUUUCAGAGAAGCUUAAGAUGUCAGCUUCAAACUACAAGGAUUUUAAACAGAGCAUUGGUUCAAGUAUUGGUCAAAAUCUUUAUAGUUAUAAAGCUACAGAAAAAGCAAACCACAUUUAGAAAAUAAAGAUUCUUCUUCUGAAAUGUGGAUUUCUGAAGUGGUAGAUAGUGCUGUUACUGGCUGCCAUGGCAUCAGUGGAACUCUCAAAACAAACUUGACUUUAAGCAAGGAUUUGUACCGUCUCUGAUUUUCAUGUGCAUUCAAAGAUUGUUUGCUGUAAUGAUUUCUCUAGCUUUGGCUGUAUUGCACCAGAAGAAAUCCCUCUUGAACAUUGCAAUAUCUUAGCGGAAUGCAAGUCAGACUUGCAGAGAUUAUGGAAUAGACCGUGUUUUCUUUUUAGCAGAUUUUAUUGGGACCAUGUUCAAUGACCCAAGUCACUUCAUAACAAGAAACCAGAAUAACCAGGAAAAACUACCAGUAAUAAUUGUGUUGUGCAUGAACUGGCACUUUUCCGUUUGGAGUCUCCAGUGGUGUGUUUGUUUUAGUCCAUUGCUGAGAUACGUAAUUGCUUAGGAAAAGAGCUGCUUCACGUGGAGAAAGUUAAGUCCUUUUAUAAAAACUUUUACAAAGUUUUUAUAGUUCAGAUGCUCCCUUCAUCUUAGUUGUUGCCAAGAAGGAACCUCCUGUGUAUGUUUUCAACUGUGGUGGAAAACAGCAGUGUUUAUGCAUGAGGUAACCGUGAGUGACCUGGUGGUGACCUGGCAGGUGUCACUCCUGUUCCAUCUCUCUUGUGAUUUGUGCACUAGUACUCAAAACAUUUUCUGUUGGUUCCUGACCCCCUUCUAUAGGUGAUUGUAGCUAAAAGUACCGUAGUUGACAGAUCCUUUUCUGGCUCUUUGAUGAGAAUGUUUCCAUAAAUUCCUCAGCACAGUAAAUGUGUGGGUGAGACUUUGGUGCUGUGGAGGUGCUGCAGGGAGCUGUAACUGUUAGAUUCGGAUAAGUAACACCUUAUCUGAAGAAUGUGAUCCCUGUGCUGCACAGUAUAAAGAGGCUGAUUGCAAGCCUGACAUUAUUAUAGGGUACUUGAAGGAUUAUUGCAGGUUUACUAUUAGAAAGAAUACUUCACAGUUCUUUUGACAUUCCAUGGAUAUCUUAUGAGUAUCUUUGAAGACUGGAAAUGGUGCAUUCAGUUUUAUUUCAAGGACUACAGGAAAGUUGGCAUAAAUUUAUUUAAUGGAAUUACAUCUCACUAGAGAGAAUUCAAAAAGAGGGAGCAAUCCUUUGGAUAUCACAAGUGAUAGUGUCACCAUGGCAAAAAAGGUGCCACUUAGUAUUGAAGGAUGUUCAAUGACAGAUGGCACUUUACUUGCUGUGAGUUAUGAAAGAAAAAUACAGAGAGGAUUUAAAGUAUCGGGAUUUUGGUAAUUGCAACUGUUGGGGAAAAGGUAACAGACGUUACUAAGUGAAUAGAGACGACUAUCAGUAGUUGAGGUUCUUCUUUAUAUGGAUUCUGUUCAGAUUCUAACAUGAGUGUUUGUGAAGUGCCUUUAGUUCCUCUAGUUUUGCAGAUCUCUUCAUCAAAUACCCCAGAUGCUGAGAGGAGAAGAGGGGCUGAUUAUUCUACUCUGUUAAGGAGGAAGUUACCAGAACUUUUGAUGGGUAAAAACAAGGUCUGUGGGGGACAAGACUCAUGGAAGAGAGCAACACCAGCAGAGAGCAGUACUUGAAAAGUAUUUUACGGGAGCUGAUCACAUACAUGGUUUUCCUUGUGGUCCUGUGUGUCUUGACUUACGGGACAGUGAGUUCCAGUAUGUACUAUUAUACAAGGGUUAUGUCACAGCUCUUCCUGGAAACACCUGUGUCAAAAACGGAGAAAACUGAUUUCAAAACUUUGUCCACAAUGGAUGACUUCUGGAAGUUCACAGAAGGCCCUUUGCUGGAUGGUCUUUACUGGGAGAUGUGGUACAACAACAAAACCAUGGCAGAAAACAAAAGCUUCAUUUAUUAUGAGAACCUGCUCCUAGGAGUGCCUCGCAUUCGGCAGCUGAAAGUCAGAAAUGGUUCCUGCUCCAUACCUGAAGAUUUAAAGGAGGAAAUCAAAGACUGCUAUGAUGUCUAUUCUGUAGCUAAUGAAGAUACUGCUCCUUUUGGACUCCGGAAUGGAACUGCCUGGACGUACACCAAUGAGAAGGAUUUGAAUGGCAGCAGCCACUGGGGCUUGAUUGCCACAUACAGCGGGGCUGGUUAUUACCAAGACCUCUCAAGGACCAGAGAAGUGACAGCUCUCCAGAUUGCUAGCCUGAAGAAGAACCUGUGGCUAGACAGAGGGACCAGAGCAACCUUCAUUGAUUUCUCUGUGUACAAUGCAAACAUCAACCUGUUCUGCGUGAUCAGGUUGCUAGUAGAGUUUCCAGCUACUGGAGGCCUGGUUACGUCUUGGCACUUUCAGCCUGUGAGGCUGAUCCAUUACAUCUCCACUUUUGAUUUUUUCCUGGCAGCCUGUGAAAUGUCCUUCUGUCUUUUUGUUCUAUAUUAUAUGGUGGAAGAGAUCUUGGAAAUUCACAUUCAUAGACUGUGCUACUUCAGAAGUGUUUGGAAUUGCCUUGAUAUCCUUAUCAUUGUGCUGUCUGUAGUAGCUAUAGGAAUUAGCAUCUAUAGGACAUCAACUGUUGAUAUGCUCCUGAAGAAGCUGCUGGAAGAUCAGAACUCAUUCCCCAAUUUCGAACCCUUGGCAUAUUGGCAAAUGCAGUUUAACAACAUUGCUGCAGUCACUGUGUUUUUUGUCUGGAUUAAGCUUUUCAAAUUUGUUAACUUCAACAGAACGAUGAGUCAGUUAUCCACCACGAUGUCUCGCUGUGUCAAGGAUGUAAUUGGCUUUGCCAUUAUGUUUUUUAUUAUUUUCUUAGCAUAUGCUCAGUUGGCCUAUCUUGUCUUCGGCACUCAAAUUGAUGACUUCAGCACUUUCCAGGAUUGCAUAUUUACUCAGUUCCGCAUCAUUUUGGGAGACUUCAACUUCACAGAGGUUGAAGAAGCUAAUCGAAUUUUGGGACCCAUUUAUUUCACUACAUUUGUGUUCUUUAUGUUCUUCAUUCUUUUGAACAUGUUUUUGGCAAUUAUCAAUGAUACCUUCUCAGAAGUCAAAUCAGAUAUGGCACAACAGAAGGCAGAAAUGGAAUUGUCUGACCUUAUCAGGAAGGGCUACAACAAAGCCAUGAUCAAACUUAAAUUGAAGAAAACUACUGUUGACGACAUUUCAGAAAGUCUGAGACAAGGUGGAGGAAAACUCAAUUUUGAUGAACUCCGGCAGGAUCUCAAAGGGAAGGGGCACACAGAUGCAGAGAUUGAAGCAAUAUUUACCAAAUAUGAUCAGGAUGGGGACCAGGAAUUGACAGAACAUGAACAUCAGCAGAUGAGAGAUGACCUGGAGAAAGAGAGGGAGGAUCUGGACCUGGAUAGGAGCUCUCUACCACGUCCUCUGAGCAGCCGCAGCUUCCCCCGGAGCUUGGAUGACUCUGAGGAGGAUGAGGAUGAAGACAGCGGACACAGCUCCAGGAGGAGGGGCAGCAGCUCUAGUGGGGUUUCCUAUGAAGAGUUCCAAGUACUCAUGAGGCGGGUGGAUCGCAUGGAGCAUUCCAUUGGCAGUAUUGUCUCCAAGAUCGAUGCUGUUAUCGUGAAGCUGGAAGCCAUGGAGAGGGCCAAGCUAAAAAGGAGAGAUGUGUUGGGAAAGCUGCUAGAUGGAGUGACAGAGGAUGAAAGGCUGGGCCGGAGCAGUGAAAUGCACAGGGAGCAGAUGGAGCGGCUGGUGCGAGAGGAGCUGGAGCGCUGGGAGUCGGACGAUGUGGCCUCCCAAGUGAGCCAUCGGCUGGGAACACCCCUGGGGCUGAACGGCCAACCUCGCUCCAGGAACUCCCGCCCGUCUUCUUCCCAGUCAGAUGGCGUCGAUGCAGGAGCGGGAAAUGGGGGCAACAACAUCCACGUGUAGCUUGAGCUUUGUAGGUGAUUCCACAUGUUUCAGGUCAGUAUUAAGCUAGAAAAUUCCCCAGCAUGAGGGGAUCGUUCUGAUCAGACCCCUGAGGACAUCUUUCAUUGGUGGGAAAAAUUAAAUAUUCACUUCAUAAAUCAUUUGGAGGCCUGUGUAAGCCAUGUGUAAUGCCACCAGUGAGAGUGUAACCCUUGGAAACAAAAAUGCAGGAAACUGCAUGGAUAUCAAAUAGGACAAAAUCUACCAGGACAGAAAUCUAAUUCCAUAAAAAUAUUAUUGGGAAUACUUGCACGAGGGCAGCAAGCUUCAGACAAAAUAAUGUCUAGUGGCAGGCAUACUAAGAGGUUAUUAAUUUUCUUCUUUCUCUUGGAAAGUACAUUUUUUAAAGGCUUUUAAAAGCAAAUUUUAAAACAAUAUGGCAUCAGUUUGUCUUAUUCACUAUAACAGCUGACAGAUAAAACAGGACUUUUUUUUUUUUAAAUAUGAGUUUCUACUUGUCUUUCGUAGUUAUUCUUGGUAUACUAGUAUUUUACUUAAUUUAAAAUUUUUUUUCCUGUUUUGAGAGGUACAUUUCUUUAAGCUGAAGAAAGUGCACUUAGUUUGUACAACUGUAAAUUACAUCAUUCUGUGGUAGAAACUGAAUGCAUUAUACUUAGCAUUUAGCAAGAAAUAUUUGAGAACUGCCUCUUCACACCCAACUAACAAUAAUUUUCAGCUAUGUUGCAAAGUGCCCAUUUUUUAAUGCUAUCUUUUAAUGAUUUAAGUGUUUCUGGGAUAAACAUUCCAGAGGUUCUUAGGUAAAUACAGAUACUUUGCAGAAAAUACAUUAUUUAAAAGCACACAAAAUUGAAAACCACUGAAUUUUCCUUGGGUGUGACAGGGAGAGGGGCAGAGAAGUUUCUGACAGUUGGGAAAAUCUGAUCUUGUGCCAUGUGAAGUUCUAGUCACAUCUCAACUAUGUGGUCUGUAUUUACAUUUAAUGAAACUGCUUGUAAAAUUAUCAGCUACAUUUCUACAUAGACUUUUCUGCUGAGGUGCAACACAGGAUUCCUUUGGGAAGGUGUUUGUAUUGUAAUCACUGAUUUUUAGUAUUUAAUUCCCUCUGCUUUGUGUCAUAGAAGCUUUAUUUUUGAAAGGACAUGCAACAUUGAAAUUCUGUUGAUUUCCUAUAGAGAGCACCGAGGCAGUGUUUGCAGUUUUGCCUAGGAAUGUCUCCAUAUGUGGAAUGCUGGUUUAGGAGGGAGGCUGUCAGUUGUGCUUUUCCGCUGAAGAUGCCAGUUGUCUGGUGUUUAAAGACUGAGAGCUGGUGAAAAUGAUAAUGGAAAGCUACAUAAUCAAUGACAUUUCUACUAUUAGUAGGGUAUAUUGAGGGAAAAAAGGCCAGUUUAACAAAGUGUAAGUGUCAUGUGUUAUGUUGGUGCCUUCUGUUUCAACAAACAGUAUCUCUUCAUUCUUAUGGGAGUGCUGCUUAGGCAGAACUUCCAUGUUCCAUAUAUUCUUGCAAUGGCAUUGCCUGGAUGUGCAGUGGCUCAGAAUGCCUUUCCUCUAACCAGAGAACUUGCUGAAACUAAAUAGAAUUCACACCUUUCAAUUUUUAAUUUUAUGAGUAACCAUACACACAGAAACCUAAUUAAUGUAAGCUGGAAGAGGAGGAAAUUCAGUACUGGAAUUUCAUAGUGGCUGUGUCUUGAGAACAGAAUUAUGUAGGAGAGCAGGUUCUGGUUCUUGUGUGGGUUAUUUGGUCCUGUAUUGGGAAGAAAUUCAUACCCUUUCACAAGAGUCCUCAUGAACUUGUGAAAACGGUGCACAGCACAGUGGAUAGGGCAUUUGUGUAGGAUGAGGGCAUUCAGAUUAAGCUCUCUCUUGCCUUGAUUCUGAGGUUUUACACCUCAGAAACAUUUCUGAGGAAAGCUUUUCAGCGUUGAACUGCAUUUCUGACUGUAAACAAACAGACCAAAAAGAAACACCAGCUGUACACACGGCCAUCUGCUGUGCAAGAAGAAUAGAAAAUACUAUACCAAAGCAAUUUAAAUAUACAGAGCCUUGUCUUUAUAUACAUAUCCAAAAUGUGUCUUUCAAAAUGUAAAUUCAGUCACUCAGUUCACCUUUCAUUUGUACUAUAUGUUUAUUAUGAAAAUGUUUGCAUUAAUAGCUGUAUUUGUUGGGGUGUUUUUCUGUUGUUAUUUGAUAACAAACUUCAUCUUGAAGUGCAGUAAGUUUCCAUGGGGUACCCAUGUACAUUGACAGUGGACCUUGCAGUAAGUGCAUUGCCACUUGAUAAAUGUUACAAACAUUUUAUUGAUGCAUUUUUCAGUUUUAGAUUAUAAUAUCAUUUGUCACUUAUUACAAAGGUACAGUUUUUUGCAUAGUAAUGUACAGUGUUUGGUCUUAUGAGGAAGCUGUUAAUUAUGCUAGUCCUCUACAAUGAUCAAGAAUGUAUUGAUCUGUAAAACUGAGCACUUUACUUCCUAAUAAACAUUUUAUAUAAUCUACAAAGCAAA